UCCGCUCUCCCUCUUCCGUCCGCUCGGGGGCCGCGGAAAGGCACGCGGACCUCCCUAGUCCCCUCUGAGCCUCCGUAGCACUAGCCGCGGGAGUUCGGCAGCUCCAGUCGCCAAGACAACGGGCUCCGCUGCGCGCUGCGGGCGCCUGCAGCCCGGGGGAGGCGCUGCGGGCCGGCGGCCCCGGCUCGGCGAGGCGGCGGAGCGGCAGAGUUUCCACGCUGAUUAGUCAACAGUGGAAAAUCUGAAGAGAUGCAAGCAGGAAAAAGAAACUAAACCAGGCCGUUCCCCUGUUCUGAAGCUUGGAGCCGUCUACGCAGAGGGCCCGAAGAGCGAUGCGACAGGCGUGAUGGAAGUCGAGUCCUCCUACUCGGACUUCAUCUCCUGUGACCGGACGGGCCGUCGGAAUGCCGUCCCUGACAUCCAGGGAGACUCCGAGGCCGUGAGCGUGCGGAAGCUGGCGGGGGACAUGGGCGAGCUGGCGCUCGAGGGGGCAGAAGGACAGGCGGAGGCAGGCGCCCCAGACAAGGAAGCUAGCAAUCAGCCCGAAAGCAGCGAUGGGACCACCUCAUCUUGAAUCUGACCUUGCACAAGGAGGCUGGAAGAGAGACCUGCUGUCCCCACCUGGACAGGAAGCCCUGGCACUGGCCCGGCAGCCUCUUCUCUGAGCCCUGUGUCCCAGGCAAGCAAGGCCAGACUGCCCCCAGAGGCCACCGUGGCCCUUACCCUGGGAAGGCCCUCCGCCCACACCUGCAGGCUCCACGCUCCCAUCACCUCCUCACAGUGCCCAGGUACACUUUCCCGACACUGUAACCACAGGAUGUUAUUUAUUCAGCGAGCGCUAGGACUUGGGCUGGGCCCUGCCCGCCGGGGUGAGCAGCCCACCCAAGGGCACUCCUUUCAUGGGCGGCCUGGGCAAGGACUAUGUUCCAGCUCUGCUUCCUCUUCCCCAACCCCCACCUUCUAGGUCAAGACCUUCUAAUCUCUUUUUUUUUUUUAAAAAAAAAAACACUUUUAAACUUUUAAAAACUUUUAAACAUUUUUCAGCAGAGAGGGAAGGAGCUGACAAUUCACCUUUUUCGGGGGGAGCCAUUGUAAGCUAAACUCUUUGCCCAUCUAUGCAGCUCUGAGGUUCCCUCACGGAGCUUCACAGAUAGAUACAUUUUUAGAGAAGAGAUUUUUGUGCUCAAAACUACGUGGAUCAACUCUUUGCCCUUUCUUUCUACCAAGAUAAGUAACACCUGGGACCCAGGAAAUAAAUGCUGAUUUGUGUG